AUGUCAUCAAGUUAUAAAGUCGAGAAGCCAUCGAAGUCUAAAACCAGGAACGAAAGUUCCAACAAACGGGUUACCAAAGAAGGUACACCAGAAAAAACCGCCAUUGACGAUGAUAGUAAGGAAUUGAGUAGCAAGAGUAUAUUUUUUGACCCUGAUUGGAAUCCUGAAGGCCGUGCUCCACUCGGGCACAAGAAUAUAUCAUAUAAUUUUGCAACCUUUAAUCGCAGACUUGAACUAGAACCGAAGCUGUCCGGUUUACACAAUGUCAAAUUACCUGAUGUACUAAGGUGA